CAUGUCAAUGUCAUUCAUUGUUAUCGCCUUCCUGUCCUGUUUGUCGUGCAGUGCCUGUUUUUGUAGGACUAAUUUGUGGUUCUAAAGAUUGCUUGCUUAAUAUAUUUCUAGAACAAGAUAAUAUUCUUCAAAAAUGGAAAAUGUAGUGUUCCUAGAAGCAUAUUCUACUCUUAGUACUAAUAUGGAAUCUCAACUAGUCACGCUACCCUUGGAAUCUUUCAUUACUUAUUUUGUUUAUAAAUUCUCUUCACCUAAGGAUUUAGAUAUAAAAUUUGUUGCUGUUCCUAAUUCUAAACAAGAUAAAACUGUUCAGUUCUUAGAAGAAAAUAUUACCCUUAUUAAACCAGACCAGAUUCCGUGGCAAGUAUCGGCAUGUGUAUUUCCUGUAGUAUUGUAUGCAGACACUGUUAUCACAGGGUUAUGUGCCGUGGCCAGGCACAUAUGUAAACAUCGAUCUUCAGCUCGGAGCUCCUAUGAGCACCAAGAAGGUCUACUUGGUUUUCGAAAAACUUGUUUACAAGCGCCAAAUGAAGUUUCUAUAUGGACAAAAUUUUGUGAAGUUGACCUCAUAAGGACUGUUAAGGAGAUCCUUAAUGCUAUAUCAAUGGAGAUAAUACCUAAUAAUUUAGUCCGCUUUGAAAAUCACUUGAGUAAGCCUGUCAGAGUGCAUAAUGUUUACAAGAUAGCAAGAGAUAUGAAGAAAGAGAAUUUUAAUAAUGCAAAUCAGCAGCUUGAUAUUAAUGAAGAACAAAAAAUUAAAGAAGAAAAGUGUCGAGUUCCCAAACCAAGGAAAUGGAAAUCUAAUGUUAAGAAGGAACUUGAAAUCAGCUGUUCAACUAAUAUUUCCGAUUUGGGGAUAUCACACCAAUUUGCAGAGGGCCCUUUUUUUACUCUAGCUGAUUUGAUACUUUUACCAUUAUAUUAUAUUGUUGUGAAAUUAAUUGGAUCACAUUUUGAAACAUUACUUCCACUUACAUCAACUUGGUUCAGAAACAUUAUGAAUAUUCCUGAAGUACAAGUCCUAGUGCCAUUCAUCAAUAAACUAAACAAUUUGAAUGCUUUAGUAAUAUCUGACAGUGUAAUUAAACCUCUAACUGAAGAUGUGAGCCUAUACAAGUCUGAUCCAAAAAGACAUAAUCCUAAAAAGAGGUUGUUUACCAAACCUGAUGAUGUUGAAAAUGCUCUCAGUAUACUUCUAAAUGGUAUGGAACUCAAUGUUGAUGAGAACAACUUUAAUUCUAAAAUAAACUGGGACAAUAUCCCAGAUGGUGCCAAUCCCACUGCUGGACAUCUGCCAGAUGAGAGAGUUAUCAGGAAAUCACAACAGCUUGAAAAUCUUGCUCUUGCUGUGCUUGAAAUAGCUAAAGACGGUGAUGUAAUUGUUGAUUUUUGCAGUGGAAGUGGACAUUUAGGAAUCCUUGUAUCCCAUCUUUUGCCAAAAUGUACUGUCAUUUUAUUAGAAAAUAAGGAGCAAUCUCUUCUUAGAGCAAGAACUAGAGUACAUGAGAUGGGUUUGAAAAAUGUUCUAUUUUUUCAAUGCAAUUUAGAUUUCUUCAUUGGGAAGUUUGAUAUAGGAGUAGCGUUACAUGCUUGUGGGAUUGCAAGUGACUUGGUACUAGACAAGUGUUUGAAGGCUAAUGCAAAGUUUGUUUUAUGUCCAUGCUGUUACGGAUCACUCCAUGCCACUGACAGGCUCGUCUAUCCUAGGAGCAAUAAGUUCAGUACAGUUUCCAUUGACAAAUAUUUAUGUAUUGGUCAUGCAGCGGACCAGACUCACAAAGAGCAUCCACUUACAGUUAGAGGAGCAAGGUGUAUGGCUAUCAUAGAUUCGGACAGGGCUCGCUUGGCUGAAGAAUUUGGCUACAAAGUCACCUUAUCCAGGCUCAAACCACUGUCAUGCACUCCAAAAAAUAAUUUAUUAAUUGGAGUCCCAUCAUAAAUAAACAAUGUAACUAACAUAUCAUUUAUUAACUGUAACAAAAUAUCAAAAAAUAUACAAUUUUGUACAAC